CGAUCGCCUACCAUUCCACCUGACAAAAACAAACAACUUGAUAGUGCACCGCCGAAGCAAUAACAACACGAAAUACCGCUUUUCUUCCCAUAACUCUCUUUUAAAAUUACUGCGGCAUAUUGUGAAUCGGGAAUAUCACUCAAUUCUUUAACAAUUGGCGUUGUUUUCUUGUCAUUUUCACCGCAAAUUAGAACGAACAAAAAAUUAGAUUGAAGAAUUUCGGUUCUCAAAAAUUAGCGAUCGCAAAAGAGAGAAUCGAUUAGAUAGAACUGCACACGAUAGAACUGCGAGAAACAGUAUAACUGCUUGACAUUUAAGAAUAUGUGCGACGAUAGACGAAACGAACCUUCGGCUAUAGGAUCAGGGUCCUACCUCUCCAUGAUGUCUCACAAUUCAUUUUGGUCGACUGACCUGGACGCAUUAGAGGAACAGAAGCCUGUAUUGCACGACGGUUCUUCUUCAAAAGGUUCAGGACAUUUAGAAGGUGCUUUUGAUUUAGAAGAAUUUGGUGCAGUCGUUCCAACUGCAUCGUCAAGUUCCACUAAACGAAGCAGUCAAAUCCUGGAUCACCUUAGUAUACGGGGUCCAGGGUUAAGCGAUGAAGCCGAAGCCGACGGUUGCAACACGCCUGAAUUAAGUGAAUCUUGCACCAGUACGAAUAUGCAUGAGCCGGUCCCUGAUUUUAGAGGAAGCGUUGUGAUUCUUGAUGAUUCCUCGAAUUGUCAACACCCGAAAUCGAUUACCAGGUGCAAGAAGUGGGCUGCAAGGCUACGAAAGAUCUUACGCAAAGAUAAACAACCAUCAUUGCCUUCUGUGCCGUCAUCUUUUGCAGCUUCGGCAGCGCAAUCAAUGAACUCGUCUGCUAGUACGAGUACUGUUUUCCAGCGCUUACUGCCAUCAUCACUUAGAGGAACAAGUUGUUCUCGCACUCAAAAGAAUCCAGUACAUUCAGACCCGUCUUCUAUGAUUCACUCUUUAGAUUCAUUAAAGCCGUCAUCGCGAUCUUCGUCAAGGGUCGCCGACUCUAGAACGGCAUGUUCUUCGUCUACCGACUUGAUGGCAAAAUCCAUGCUAAUGGAUAAAAUGGUUGAGGAGAUGCUUCAACUUGAUUCGGCGUAUGACGCGACAGAAAGCGAAAUGCUUGAGUCUGGUUGGAACAGUUUAGACGAGGUCCGGAUGGUGCAUCAUAAACGUUUGCAUGCAUGGGCACACUGGCGAGAGCAGUUUAAACUGUUUGCCUGAUGUUAUGCUUCUUAAAAGUUUUAUGUGGUCAUGCGAGUACUUUGUUGCUUUUGUUUGUCUUUCUGCUUCUGUUGUUAUGUCCGUUUGUUUUUAUUUAUUCCCUUUUAUGUUGGAAAUAUUUGUCUGCAACGUUUCUUUUUCCGACCUGUAUAUCUAAAACAUUUUCUUUCUUUGAACGUUUCCUGUUGUGCUGGACUUAGAGCACAAAUUAUAUCUACUUCAUCCUUUCUCUGUCUAAAAAACAAAGAACAUACGCAAAUACUCGAUCUACGCUCUCUUUCCCUUUGUUCUCGAUUUUGUUUCUCCUUUCCCAAGUCAAAGCUGCUAAAAAUAUCAAGAAUGCUCUUACCACAAAAAACCAACCCCUUCUAAACAAUGCCCCUCUUCCACUAACCGAUACAUCCCUCCCCUAUUACACAGAUUACUAGUACCAUGCAACGGAUCAUUAUUGUUGUACAGAUGUUUCGUUAAAGCAACCAGCCCAACUGCGAAUACAGACUGCUAAGGAACUACUGCUGCUAGUUGGCGGGCACCAGGGAUACUGACCUUUUCGCGUCAAGGGAGACAGAAGCAAUAAAACACCUGACAAUGGUAGACCCACAAAUAUUCAUCCGGUAAGCUGGUUCUAGUCUAAGAUCUAGGCUUCUCCUUCUUCUCGUGGAAGAGAGCGGACAAACCGACACCAGCGACCUUGACGACCUUGAAACGGACACCAGGAAUAUCACCCUUAGCCUUGCCCUUACGACCGAAACCGGAAAGAAGGACCUCGUCGUUCUCAUCGACAAAGUUCAAACAACCGUCAUUGGGGACGAAAGCGGUACUAGCAGGGUCAGUAACGAGAACUAAACGAUAGAAAUGGAAACGGACAACCGGGAACGAACGCAUUACCAAUCCCGGUCAUCCACUCCGUCGUUUUAACUUACACCUUCUUGCCGUUCUUGAUCAAUUGAACACGGACACACUUACGAAUGGCAGAGUUAGGUUGCUUGGCCUCAACACCAAUCUUCUCGACGACAAUGCCCUUGGCGUGAGAGGAACCGCCAAAAGGAGAGGACUUGUAAGCGGUACCGAGAAGGCGCUUCUUGUAGUGAGCAUCAGCCCAGCGCUCCUCACGGCGAUGGUUGCGAAGCUUGCGAGCAGCGUUCAGACCAGCGGGUUUACCCAUGAUAUGUGCAAUGUCAAGGUAGUACUGUUUUGGUGGUUUACUGUUCAGACAACACUGUGACUGUCAUUUUUUGCAUAGGUUAGGGCAAGUGUUAUAUCGUUGAAGUGCGCAAAUGUCUCACUAUUCUGGUUUACACUAUGUCUUGUGACUCAGUAAAUUAUUGCAAUACUGAAUUUGACAAUUCGUGUCGUUGUUAAUGAUGGGUUUGAAUGAUUGCUCAAUUGCAACAAAAUUGUUGAACGAGAAAGACGCUCAACUUUUUUUUUCUUAUUUAUUCUUAUUUUUUACAAAAUUAAUCAUCUUUUCUACUGUAAUUGCAUUUUAAAAUAUAAAUAAGAAAGAAAAAAAGAUUAGUGCUACUCUUUAUACAACACCUUUGUUCAAAAGUCGUAAGGGGCAUUUACUUGAUUACAGAAUAGGUUGAAUUGUUCAUGUCUUUUCUCACUUUUUCGUAUCAAUAAUCACUAAUUUUUAUUUCUAACUAUUCCUUCGUUUGCACUUCGGUUUGUAGCAUCCAAUGUUUAAAGAAAGGCCCCUUCCUUCUCGUUUAAACUUAAACCGACGACUAAAGGUGGGAAGUGUU